GUCGCGUGGAAAGACGCCCGCGGAUAUCCUCGUGGCGACCUUGAGCUUGUUUCUUCAAAGUUCAAUAUUUCAAUAUUAGCAUUUGUAGUCCACCGCAGGUCAUUUCUAUCAGCAUCUAUCAGCAUUCCGACAAGGUGACAACCUAUUAUGAUGUAUAGAUGUUAUGUUCUCACUUGUUUUGUUCUCUAUAUACAUACGCUAGGGUAUCUGACGUACUUGGGCUUUGCGCUCCGCCCUCCACCAAUAUUGCGCCUCCCACCACUCCGACAAGUCGCUGCUCACCUGACUGUGCUGAGCAGUGCCAGUUUACUGUCUCUCAUGAGUACUGAACGAGAGUCGCCACCUUCUCACAUCGACAAAGGCAAAGGUCGAGCAGUGUCUCCCUUUCCCUCUGAACGAACCCCUCUUCUCGCUUCCCGAUCCAAUACUCCGGUUGAACUCGAAGACUCCUCGACUCCUCGCCGCAGCAUAUGGCCUAGACUUCUUUCUGUCUUUAUCUUUUGCUUUCUGAUAUCUUUAUUCCUUCUCGUUCUUGUUGCUCUCAUCGCCUAUUCAUAUGGCUCCCGCGCUUCGGGCAUCUCUUCUGAUGUUCUCAUCCAACGUGCGCUGGUACUCAGAGGUCCAGAUCGUAUAGACGUCUUGAACUUCACCCGCGAAAGCGGUUUGUGGGCGCAAGUAGAUGGACGAGUUGGCAUCAAUGCUGGUGCCGCCAUAGAAGUCAAUGCAGAAGAGGACGAUGGCAUUCUUGCAAGCGCAUGGAAGUCUUUAGGCCGGUGGGGGAUUCGGAGGCUAGAUGCUGUAACGGUCAAUCUGUCUACCAUUGAAGUGUCAUCUGAACAUGACUAUCUCGCGAAUAUCUCGAUACCACCGCUGGACCUGCCAUUAGUAGCGAAUCCACCGUCGGAUUUAUCGUGGUUGCGGCGGGUGUCUGUUCCAAUACAUAUACAACCGACGAACGAUUCUUCAGCUCUUUUGCGGUUCGCGCGCGAAAGCUGGAAGGAUGGAAUGGUGAAUGCCAAAGCGGUUGUUGAUCAAGCAACUAUAUCUGGUGGUCAUCUUGGCGAACAGAGCUGGCGGAAACGGGUACACGUCGUUCGCACCGAUAUCACAAGUACAGUGCGAAUGCAAGUACCUUCACUUCCUGGACUUCCACCCCCAGGGCAGGAUAUUCCAUUCGCGUCUUUCGUGACUUUACGCUCAUUCUUAAUCCAGUCGACAUAUGACCAACUCACCAUAGACGCUACAGCCAGCGUAUUCAACCCUCUACCCGACAAUAUCCAGGCCCAACUACCUAGUUUGCCAUUCACAAUCUACCUACCUAAUUACGAUACUAACCCGGUACCCGUGGCUAACAUCUCAACACCACCCUUCCCACUCACCCACCCCAACAUAACGCUGUCAAUCUCAGGAUACGUCUUACCCCUAGAUCGCACUACCUCUCCAGCCCUCUCUUCAUUUCUUACUUCCUAUCUCUCCGCACAAGACAUCCCCAUCCUCGUUUCAUCCGCUCUCGUACCUUCACUAACUCUCCCAGCGAUCUUCCCGGCGCCGAAUCCGCCCCCGCAGGUCCUCCGAAACGUGACCAUCAAAGACAUGAAGAUCAAACCUGCGGGAAAUGGUGGCAUGGUGGCGAGCGGGACAGUUUGGGCGAGGGUCGUUUUACCUAAGGGUAUAAACGUUGGGUUGGACGUAAAUCGAGUGUUUCCUGAUGUUCUCGUGUUCGACGGGCCUGUGUCCGGCAGUGAACCAGGGGACGACGAGACGAAUAUUGUUCUCACACCGCCAGAACGACCUUUGCCAGAUCCCUUGCCUGAACGUGCGUUUGCACAUAUCAGACCAGACGACUGGUUGCCGUCAACGUGUACACCAGUGGAGGGUGAAGAAGGGGACGGGUCGGCUGUCGAAGUCUCUGCGAAGCUUAUAGAUGUGCCGUUGGAGGUGCUACCUGGGAGGGAUAAAGAAUUCCGGAAUUUCGUUGGCAAGGUGAUAUUUGGUACGAACGGGGCCCUUGCCGGUGUUCAAGGCGUGGCUGCCGUUGCUGUUCACGUGCGUGGAUUGCCAUUUGAGAAUGGGAAAGGCGGAGAGAUGGAGCUGGAGGGGUUGCCAUUUCAGGGGAGUGUAAGAAUCGGGAAGAGGUCAUUGUUUUCGUUGGAUGAUGUCCUGUAAUGCUUGCUGCAGUCUUUCUCCUUGGACAUUUCUGUGCUAUUUACCUGCCUCACUUCAUUUGUAUAUUAUUGUGUUGCAACAUGUAUAUCUAACUCGCAAUCCGUUCAUAUCAAUCAGAACGAAUCAUUCUCCAGGGAAAGGACUA